AAAAUAAAUUCAUUCGUGUAGCGUCCACGUGUGUAAAAGUGACACCGUGUUUCGUCUACGUUUACCACGAGUUAGGUAUGUAGGUGUAACAGAUAAAAGAAACGGAUUCGUCGAUACGGGAGUGAGAACGCGCGUCGACGUACGCAUCAAGGAUUUGGAAAUCGGUGUGUCACCCUGUUACGAAGAAGUAAAGCGCGAGUGUGUCUGUCUGUCUGUCUCUAUCUUUAAUGAGGUGAGGCGGGAUGAGGUGAAGCGUUGUGAGGAGAAGUGAGGUGAGUGGCAAGCAAGCCGAAGCUGAAGAGAGUGAAGUGACCGAGCCGUAACUGCGGUAUCGCGGUGAGAGGACGCGUCGCCGUUUCUGUCAAAUUACAGAACGCGAGGGUACAGAAACAGGUUUGAUAACCAGUGAAAGAAUCGAAGAAAAAGAAAACGAGAGAGAGGGCAAAGUGAACUAUUCAAGGGAAAAAAGAAGAGGAGUGUGAAGUCUAUGAACGAUGACGGCGUGCGUUCGUUCCGCGGUCAUGCGUUCGCAAUUCGCUGAGCCAUGAUAUGGAAUACUGUGUUUAGUAUAAGCUGCUGGCUGACGUGUGUGACCAAACAAAAAAUUAUUUUCACUAUUGGUUCGGUUCUUUUUCCCGCGAAGUGAUGUGCACAUUUUCGUGCCCGUUCCUUUGGAACUAAACACAUUUACGGAUAUUACAAUUGACUAUUAAGUUCGGACGCCGAUAGGUAAUGGAAAUGACAAGAGGACUCGUGCUUUACGAAACACAUUCGAGGACUGCAAUAAAACAAUAACUGCAAGCGUGUACAGUUCGAAAUACAUGCAAGGAACGAGAGCACUUAUAACGCGCGUAUAUUCGAUGCCAACGGAAACUAGGGAAAAGUUACUAUAUAUCUAAUUCGACUUUCUACCAUAUGGUGGCGUUUUAAUCGUUCUUGAUGCUUGCCACCACACCGGUCAUUCGCAUAUCGCCCUCUACGAUACUACUCCUAACAAUUCAGUUCUUCCUUUUCCCCGUUCGUGCGGGAUCAACAGUGUCGGACAUUACUAGUUGGGACGGAACAGUGGUUCUGUUUACACUGGAAAAAUUGACAGUCUUCAAGGAUGUAUGCAAAGGGGAAGGGGUCUACAGUGCCCUCGGACUCUCAAGCAAGAGAAAAGUUAGCCUUGUACGUGUAUGAAUAUUUAUUACAUGUUGGCGCACAAAAGGCAGCACAGACAUUCUUAUCGGAGAUACGAUGGGAAAAAAAUAUCACACUUGGAGAACCACCUGGGUUUCUACAUUCCUGGUGGUGUGUAUUUUGGGACUUAUAUUCUGCGGCACCAGAACGGCGGGAGUCUUGUGAACACAGUAGCGAAGCAAAAGCUUUUCACGACUAUGGUUUUGUAAACAGUGGUUAUGGAGUCAAUGGUAUUGCUCAUAAUGCUGGUCCAGCACCUUCCCCCAUAGGACAAAUGCCACCCAAUGAUGGCAUGCCUGGUGGUCCAAUGCCUCCUGCUUUCUUCUCAAACAACUCGACAAUGCGACCAUCUCCGCCCACACACCCCUCAUCACAGCCAUCCCCCCAGCACCCNCAGCCACCCCCGCCCCCACACUCGCAGAUGAUGUCCACUCAGUUCUUGGGUCCCCGGUAUCCAGCUGGUCCAAGGCCUGGAGUACGUAUGCCACAAAUGGGGAAUGAUUUCAAUGGGCCGCCAGGGCAACCAAUGAUGCCAAAUAGUAUGGAUCCAACUAGGCAAGGCGAAGCUGGAGAAUUUGUAGGGUGGCAAGCUCCACCAGGUAUGAAUCCCAUGAAUCCAAGAAUGAAUCCUCCACGAGGUCCAGGAAUGGCUCCAAUGGGACCAGGAAGUUAUGGGCCAGGAAUGAGGGGACCACCGCCUAACAGUAGUUUAGGUCCAGGAGGUCCGGGAGGUCCAGGAAUGCCACCAAUGAGUAUGGCAGGUGGCAGACAACAGUGGCAACCUAACACAUCCACGCCAAUGAAUUAUUCAUCAUCAUCGCCGGGUAAUUAUGGAGGCCCACCCGGUUCAACGGGUCCUCCAGGCCCAGGUACACCAAUUAUGCCCAGCCCACAAGAUAGUAGUAAUAGCGGCGGCGAAAAUAUGUAUACCAUGAUGAAACCUGUACCUGGAGGAAAUAUGCCUGGUGAUUUUCCAAUGAGUGGGGGACCAGAAGGAGGUCCAAUGGGCCCUAUGGGCCCAAACACAAUGGGUCCUGUUCUCAAUGGUGAUGGUCUUGAUGGAAUGAAAAAUAGUCCGGCUAAUGGUGGCCCUGGAACACCACGAGAAGACAGUGGAAGUGGAAUGGGUGACUAUAAUCUGGGUGGUUUUGGAGGUCCUGGUGAAAAUGAUCAGACUGAGUCAGCGGCCAUACUCAAGAUCAAGGAGAGCAUGCAGGAAGAGGCGAAGAGGUUUGAAAAGGACUCAGAUCAUCCCGAUUAUUUCAUACAAUAACUCCUCACAAGUCGUUGGGUCCCAAAAACCAAACUAACCUUUUAAAUCAAGUCACAAAUCAAUCCUCUCUUCUUCCUUUAUCCAGAACUCGCUGCACUUGUAUUACAUGAUAAUCUCCUUCAUCUCCCCCUUAUCCAUCUUCGAAUCGAGACGCUAAAAGAAACAAAAAAGAGUUAAAACUAACCAAAAAAAAAACAAACGAACGAACAAAGUUGAACUCCGUGAGAGAAGUGCACACGAGAUAAGGUCGAAGAAAUGUUUUUUCUCCCUCAGCGAAGUGAGGCGGCCUCGUCCAUCAUUUUUUCGUCCUCUUCGGAGAUAUGGAAAGGACUUACCAUUUAAAGUAAGAGUUAAAAAAUCUUCGAGAGCACAUCUUUCGUAUUUCGCGUUGACGUACAUUCUUAGAUACACGGCUGUACAUACGAUCAUCUCGAAUCGUCGUCGAUCGAUGACGUCCUUCAAAUGACGACGGUUUUCAGCGACUUUGAAUAUUACUCGACAAGCAUUACGAUACGUUGAAAAUAUGAAAACACUGGAAUGAAUUUAUUACAUGUUGGUUGUAUAUUUCCGUCUAGACGAUACAGUUUUCAUGUUUUCAAUUGUUUCGAGUAACGUUCAAAUUCGUCAGAAAAUUAUUACUAAACACAGAACACCCGUUACUGUUUGCAAAGGACACAGAGAAUCCGUUUCGACGUCGCUUUUAUUUUGUUUCUUUGCCAUAAGGAGAGUGCACUUCUUCCAGAUUUCAGACCCUACAAUAAUCCAAGAUUAAUUCUUAAUUUUCAGAUAUAAUUUAACCUAACUUUACCGUCAAAGUCUUGAGCGAGUGGUUCUUGCAAAUUUUUGGGACCCACCAUGAUAAAUUUUAGACCAAAUUGAAGCUGGUGCACUCCCCUUGUAAGUCACUUUCCUUAUUCUUGUAUCCUUGUCUUCUACUCUCUUGGUUUAAUUUAAUAAAAAGAUAAGUGCUUCCUUAUUGGCUCUAAGUUGAAAGAAAACUCUAUAUUUUUGGUACAGUUCGACGAACAUUAUACGGUAUGCGUGAUUUAUAUACGAGAGUAGUAGCUUACCUUCUCUUUCUUUCCUUCCCCUGUUCUUCGACUCGUUGAUUCGGACGUUUUCAUGGAGUCGACUGUUCGCGACGUUUCAUCGGUUUCCUCGAUUGUCGGUGCACGGCGAAUAGUUUCAGCAAAGUUAACCAAAAAUGAAGAACGCGUGACUGUGAUAUGAUAAACGUAACACGAAAGAUAAUGAAAAUUGCAUAAUAUACUUUUUGAUAUCAUUAGAGUGGUACCUUUAAAGUCAACGAAUUUGAUCCUGGUAAAUUAAGUACACUCGGAAGGGACGCCGUUUCCACUUGUUUUUUACGCGUAGCUCUGAAUUCCAGUCAGUUCCGAAAAUUCUACGUGUCGAAUCUUCGAUGUUUCGAAACUGUCGAAACUUUUCGCAUGCGCCUUUCGUGGAACGAUUUUCAAAGUCGAUCGAUAAAAUAUGGCGCGAGAUCGAUAUUCAAAGACACUCGUGAUUCUAGUAAUAAAAUUUUCAAAUCAUCUUAAAAAAAUAUAGUAAACUGAAACAAUAUAAGAAAAAAAAGAUUGUAAAAAAUAUAAAUUUGAAAUACCUUGAAUACGAGUUUCUUUACUUCACUCCGAUAGAUCGAUCUUGCGUAAGAUUGUACGUCAGCGCAUCGAUUCACGAGUAUCGGUAACGUAAUACCUGUACUCGUCACCGGGAUGUCAAUUUACGAUCAGUUUAUCGGUUAUUCCUUCCGAGAUAAAAAAGCGACGAUAUCUUCCACGAUCUUGCAUUAUAACGAUCCACAAGAAUGCGUCUCUGUGCUUCUCUGUCAAUGAAUGCGAUUUUAAAGAGGUUCCGAUAGAUGCCAGUGUAAGAUUGAUCAACGUUAUCGAUAUUAUCGCACGCGAGACAGAGAAUAAGUUCUUAACUGAUUUACAAGAUGGAGUCAGAAAUAUAUAUCGAGGCGGUAAAAAAUCGAUCGCGAAGAACAAUUCGAUAACGUUGUCCGUAUCGAUACUUACAUUCGUGUUUACAGAGGACUUCAAGGGCAUUGUUAAUGUUCAAAAAACGUUGCAACUUCAGUCGUAUGCUGCACGGUGGAUCGAUUUUUAUUUAACUUCGAGAAGCGCACAGUAUUGAAUAAAAAAGGCUGCAAUAACAUUAUUCCAAAGUCGGAUCGCAGACAUUCGAUUAUUCGUUUAUAGCUGUAAAAGAACGAGAAUCACUUUAUCUGUGUCCGAACGAGGGGAAUCCGACGAAACGGUUCUCGAACGUACAUUGAGCAGCAUAGCCUUCCGCGAAGAAAAUGGCGAUGUAGGGGAAAAAGACCCCGACACUUGUUGAUUUUUCAUUAGCAAAAUUUUCAAGUUUGUACAUUUGAUUUUCGACAAUUGAAAAUCGAGUGGUGGAUGUCUUCUUCUCGUACACUGGUUAUUGUCCGACGGAAGCUUGCGUUGCACCCAAGUGUACAUUAUAUUCCGUAAGAUUUAAUCCGCUACUGCGGAAAUCCGGCCAGUGUGCGUCGAUAAGUGUACACGUUAGACGAAUUUUCAUUCGAGACGAUCGUCGUUUGUCGAUUACGGAUAGUAACAAAUUAUGUAUAUUUUUUUUCAUUAUUUUUCCUUUUUUUUUUUCUUCGUUUUAAUUUUCUUUAAUUUAGCAUUAUAAUAACAAAGCUACGUUUAUGUUCCUCAGAGAUUUUGGAAGAUUUGAUAUCUGUAUAGAUAGAAUAGAUAAAAUCAAUUUUUAUCGAACUGGUGCACGGUUCGGACAUCCUUCGAGUACGAGUGCGUGUACCGAAGUGAUAUACGCGAACACGAAUUCGUAACAAAAAGCCAACCAAUUUACGCGAGGGACAAACGCGCGACCGUUAAAACGACAAAAUAAUAUAAGAAAAAAAAUUUAACCUUCUAUCGUUAUCGUUGAAAUCCAUCCCUCGUUCGACGGGAAUUCGGCGAAGCGCGAUCGUUGCCUCGUUUUAAAAUUCAUGGAAAUUCGGCAAACCGUGAAUUUUUUGUUCGCUGUUUAUUUCCUGGUUGUGCCUCGAAUUCGGGAAUGGCGGCAUGUACAUGCACACAUGUAUACUAUUUCGGCGUAUUAUUGUAAAUGUAUAAGUUGUACAAACUGUCGAGUGCAAUUCGGAUUAAAUAACCUAUAUGUUGGAAUGCGGUGUUCCUACUAUGUGCAGAACGUUAAAAGGUAUCGAUAUUCGUGUACCGCUUCAUGGCGUUUCCAAUUUCGAUUAUCGUACUUGCGAUGGAAGAUUCGAGAUGAAAAGAAAAAAAGCGCGAAAUACAAAUUGAUGGAUAUGAUAUGACACAAAUAGUAUUAAAUAAAAAUUAUGGUUGUUGAGUCUGUGGAAACUUUUUUUUAUAAAUUAUUUCAUUGUAAUUAUUGUGCUAUGUAAUUCGUUCAUGAAAAUAUAUGUAUAUAUAUAUACGUACAUAUACAAACUCGAAGUUGUUUUCACUACACGUUCGAAUUUCGAUAUCUUUGAAGACGUUCAGCGAUUACUUUUAAUAUAUAUAUUAUAUAUAUGUUUUGCGAAUCGCGUAUUCGCAGAUAAUUCGUACGUUCUUUAAUUCCCUGUUGUUUCGUUUGUCUUUCGAAAACGGUCGUUCGAAAAUUUCACGAUUUCGCGCCACAUAUUCCACGACAAACGAAAUGACAAAUUAUUUUUUUUUGUACGAAAUAAUUUUGAAAAGUAAUUAUAUACUUUCGGUCGAAAUUUUCGUAUGAAAUUAAAGAGAGAACGUUGCGUUAAGGUUAGACCAAAAAACUUUUCAAUGAAAUUAGUGCGUAGCGUGUAUCGAUUGUUUUUUAACGCAGAGUCGAUUAGGAACAGAUCGCGAUUUUAUCGAUUAUAUCGAGCAUAAGGAGAAAAUUGUAUAUUGUUUAAAACGUGAGUUAAACUCAUUAGAACGAAAAAGAUGCACGGUAUCUCCUGUACCGAUAUUGUGCGUUGCGAUUUCAUAUGUUAAUUAGGAGUUUAUUGUAAGUGAAGGUGUUAGGUUGGCAAGAAAAUAGUGAUCGAGAAAUCUUUUCAAUCGGACAUUAGAAAAGAAACAACCUAACCACCGAUUCGAUACGAUAAAUCGAUAGGGAAAAAUUAGGAAUUAAAAAGGAAUUGGAUGAGCCGCCAUCGCCCCCUCUUUACGAGUGUUUGCAUUGGAAAUUGAAACGUAAUUUCAUUCUGUAAUUAUUUACUUAUACAAUCAUUGUAACACUGACACGGGCUGUAAAUCUCUGCGGCUGACCUCACGUAUUCUUUAAAUUCACGCAUAAUUAUCGACAUAAUUAUAGAUACCUAUUACGAGUAUAGCAUUCAAGUAGCAAGUAAUAACGAUAAAAUAAUGGAAUAAAUGUCAUCUAUCCUAUCAA